UAAAUAAUUAAUUAAGCUAAUGUUUUCUUUAUCUGGAGCCGUCAAAAGUAGAUAAAAACAAAAUUUCAACUCAGAGGUGGGCGAGAAUUUGAAUCUAAUCUAGAGAUCAGAUGACCUGUACGUCACAAGCACACAAGACUUCUAAGACUUUAUUUUACAUUUGAGGUAAAAGUCAUUCUUUGAAUGGCAAAAGUUUUUCACGCCAUGGCAGAUUGCAAACCAGAUGCCGUGGCGUAUACAGCACUUCGAAGGUGUCCGCCUUCUAUAGUAAUUGAAAGUGAAGACGACGUUCCGAAUGACGCAACAGAAGUUGACUACAUGAAUCGGAAUUCGAGAGACAAUAACACUGAAGGAGUAUUGUUCCACGCUACAUCACCGCAAGUAACAUUCACUAAAGGAAGAAAUAGAAAGAGCAUGCAGGAUUUGGCCGACUCAGAUUCAGCUGAAUAUAUUGAUGAUUGGGAAGAAAAGGAUUAUCGUGAUUCGGUAUCAUCCGACGGUUUCCGUACAAAAAGCUCUAAUAAUAUAAUGGUUAAAACAUCACCGUCUGAACGCGAAUUAAAAAACGACGUCGAUAGAAAUUCACCUCGCUACGAAAAUCAUGGCUCAAGACCUACAACGGGGAACAGUGGGGACGGUAUUUCAGAGGAAUGGAGACAUUCAAGACUUUGUGAAUAUCUUCGUGAACCAGAUGUGGAAUCAACAGUUGUUGUUGAUCGAGUUUUAAUGGCAAAAAAGAAGAUAAGAUUGAAAAAGAGAAUUCAAAAUUAUAUUUUUAAUUUUCUUGAAAGGCCGACUGGCGUGAAAUGCUUUAUAUAUCACAUGAUUGUAUUUAUGAUGGUUUUAGCUUGUCUAAUAUUCAGCGUUUUAUCGACUGUCGAAGACGCGGACGAGAGAGACUUUCCUGUCUUAUUAAUUAUGGAAUGGUGCGUUGUGGUUUUCUUUGGUAUUGAAUAUUGCGUUAGGUUAUGGGCGGCAGGAAGUAUUGGGAAAUACAGUGGCUUAUAUGGAAGACUGCGAUUCGCCAGGAAACCUAUUUGUCUAAUAGAUUUAUUUGUUGUUAUUGCCUCCACUGUGGUUUUAUUAUUCAGUCAAAAUGGAAAUGUUUUUGCAACCUCAGCUAUAAGGGGGAUAAGAUUUCUUCAAAUAUUAAGAAUGUUGCAUAUGGAUAGACAAGGAGGAACGUGGAGACUAUUAGGAAGUGUCGUUUACAUUCACAGACAAGAAUUAAUAACAACUUUAUAUAUUGGAUUUCUUGCGCUUAUAUUAUCUUCAUAUUUUGUCUAUCUUGCGGAGAAACCUGAUAAAAGUGAUAACAUUACUUCAAUUGAAAUUGGAAAUCGAAGUUAUAAAAUCGAGCAAGGAAGUAGGUUUGAAAAUUACGCUGAUGCACUGUGGUGGGGAGUGGUGACGGUCACAACGAUAGGCUACGGUGAUUUCGUUCCAAAAACAUGGCUCGGAAAAGUGGUUGCUUCCUGCUUUUCAAUUUUUGCAAUUUCUUUUUUUGCCUUACCUGCCGGUAUUCUGGGUUCCGGGUUUGCCUUAAAAGUACAACAAAAACAAAGACAAAAGCAAUUUAACAGACAAAUACCGGCUGCUGCAAGUUUUAUUCAAGCUGUAUGGAGAUGCUAUUCAAUAAGACGUGGUUCGAGAUGUAAAGCGACAUGGAAGUUGUAUGCAUUACCCACACGAAACAGACAUGAUUCAACUCUUUCAUCAUCUCGGUUAGCUAAAUCGGCAAAAAAGGAUCAUCAUAAAUCAAAAAUGAUGGGAGACAAAUUAACGGUAGCUAAGCCUACGUCUCCUUCAAGCUGGAAUGACGUUAUCGACGAAGUUAUUACAAAUAAUGAUCAUGAAAGUUCAAGUUUGCCGAAAUCCUACAAGAACGUUGUCAGAGCCUUACGAGUGUUGAUAUUUCUAGUCAGGAAGAAAGAGUUUCAUCAAUGUCGAAAACCUUACGAUGUUAGAGACGUAUUUGAACAAUAUUCUCAUGGUUAUGUUAACAUAACUGUGCGAUUGAAGGAAUUACAAAGGAGAUUGGAUCAAACCUUAGGGAAGCCAGCUUCGUUUGUUGAUGAAUCCGAUUUGGGACAGGAUCGCCAACGUGUGACAGCCGGAUUUCGUUUACGAAGACUCGAGCAAAAGGUGGACACAAUAGAAAUCAAGUUGGACGAAUUACUGAGAAGAUUGCCUCCAGUACUGGAACCAAAAUCAGCCAAAAAAACCUGAACAGAAAUCACAUAGUGCACUUUUUUUCUGUGCCAUUGCAGAAAACUCUAUUCUUGUGAUAUGAAAUGCUGUUACGCAUCGAAGGAAAUGACAGAAUGUUCCACGUCAAUACCAAGCAACAAGGGGACGGUUUUAAAACUGAAGAAUGGAAGCCGAUGUCAUAAACAAUACAAUAUGGUAGUCGUUGCCAUUGUAACUAUAUCUGCAAAACUAUAAAUUAUUAAAUUUAUUUAGCACACUGCAACCAAAAAUCUUCUUGACGUAAUAUUUAAUUUCUUACUUUGAUUUACUGUCAUCAGUCUUGACUAAGUGUUGCAUUAACCAGUCCACCAGUUUAUCCAAUGAUUCCAAUUGUUAACACAUCAUGACAAAUUUGGCCCUACAUUCUCUCUCCGCUGCCAAUCCCGCAAUAUAAAACCUUAUAAUUAAUUUAUGAUAUAAUAUUUAUUUCAAUAACAAAGAAGAUAUAGAUGAAAACGUUUUAUGAUUAGUUUUAUCUGUUCCAAGUUGAAUAGAACAGCUCUGAACUUCCGGCAAAUAUUUUAAUAAAAGUAAUACUUUUAGAUAAGGUGGAUAAACAAAAACAAUAUUACGUUAUUCAUUUCUGUAGUGAUCACUUAUAAAGAAGAUAAAAUGAUUCGAUUUUUUGCAAUAAUAAUUAAUAUAUAUUACGGUAGAUUUAAAUAAGUUGUAUUUCAUUCUAUUCAUGUUGAAGAAAACGUCAAAUUUAAUGCUAAUUAUUUUAUCACAAUGAAAAUAUCUAAACUGAUUGUUACGUCAUCGACAAUGUAUUAUUACGAAUAUAUUCGAUACAAGCAUUCUAAUAGAAUUAAAUAUGAUAAUAUUUAAAAUGUAGUAUUUAAUUUAUAAUAUAACUGAUCUGGAUAUUUAUUUACAAUUUAAUAUUUAUUUAUUAGUUCGAAACUUCGUAUUCGUACUCAAUCACCUAGCAACGCGCCCUAUAUUUUAUAUCUUUUUUUAUUCAAUCAUACUGCUACAAUGUUAGCAAUAUUAUUUCUACUGUUCUGAUCACCAAAAGUUCACAAAGCUGUUGAAAAUUGUAUAAGUAUUCGAAUUAUCAAUAUGAAAGAAAUUAUGCGAAUAUGUUCUGUUUUGAUUGUUUCUUGGCGUUGCUAAAAUUUUGCGGUGCACGCAACUUCACUAAUCAUAAGAGAAACUUUGAGGACAUGCUAAACAUCAAACUAAAUUGCCAAUUGGUCGAUGUAGUAAAUCAUUUGUACAGUAAUGGAAUUUUUCAAGGCGCUAAUAGUGUAACUGGUGUAAUUGCAUUCGUUUUUUGUAUAUAUUGUUAGCAGAAGUAGCACGACUCAUCAUUUUAGACGCAAUAAAUGGUGCAUUAUAGUUGAAGCAAAUAUUGUUGCAAUUUUAAACUGUUUUUGCUUUUUUUGUUAUAACAUAUUUUUAUUCAAAAAGUUUCUUUAUACUUGAAUUUUAUUGUUAAUUUGACCUAUCAAUAAUUAGCAGUAUUUGCACAAAUAAAGCUCUGGCCUUAUUGAAGUUUUACUGAAAUAUCAAA